AUGCUUUCAAAUAUUAAACAUUAUAAAUACUUAAAUUUACAAAAAAUUAUAAAACAUACAAAAAUAAAAAAUAAUUUUUUUAUAUAUUUUAAAUCUCAUAAUGUAGCUAAUGAGAAAAAUACAAAUAAUUAUUUUGAUUAUAAUGAAGAUUAUAAGUUACUCAAAAGACUUCAAAAUAAUGAAAUUGAUGAUAUUUUAAAUAUAAAUGAUGAAAGAAAUAUUUUAAAAAUUAAAAAGAAAUAUUUAAAAUUGUUAAAAGCUUAUCAUCCUGAUGCCUAUAUGAAGGAAAAGAAUGAAAAAAGAAAAAAAAAUAAAGAAGAAAUUUUUCUUCAGAUAUAUAAAAAAUAUAAAAAUAUUAGCAAAGAGUAUCAGAACACUUAUGAUACAGAAAUAAUCGAUGAAUCCAUUUAUGAGAAUGAAGAAGAAAAAAGUGAUAGAUUAGAAAAAUAUAAAAGAUAUUCAGAAGGAAAAAGAAAUGAUAUAAACAAUAAGUACUUAGAAAUUUAUAUUUUAAUAAGUAUAUUAUUAACCUUUUGCAUAGUUUUUUUAAUAUGUAUUUAUUUACCUUUUGAUAUAGAUAUUGACAAAGAAGAAUUUUAUGAUGAUACUGAUGAUAAUAAAGUUGAAAUUGUUUCUUGCUUUUAUAAUCCAGCUAUGAAAAGAUAUGAAUAUUUUUCAGAUAAUUUUUUGCCACCUCAUCCCUAUCAAUUAUAUUAUUUUUAUAAAAACAAGUUCCCUAGUUUAUCUUUAGAUGAAAACAUUUUAAAACUGAAACAUUUCGAAGUUGUAAAGUUACCAAAAAAUCGAGCAAAAAAAGCCAGGCUUUUAUACGACAAGAAAAAAGACGAACUUAUUUUUUUAAAAAAAAAGAAAAAAAUACAAUUAAAGACGGAAUAA